AUGAUUACGUCGCACCUGAAUGGUUAUGUGACAGAGGACUCGGAGAGCAGCCCUGUGAUUGCGGUAGCAAAGGAUUGUGGGGAUGGAACCCAAGAACGUCGUGAAAUGGUGGCAGAUUGUGACAAAGAAUCCAUCAUGUCUUGCAAACUCCAGUCACGCUGUAGUGCUCAGAUGGAAAAGAUCCAACAGUAUCAGGAGCAGCUGAGAAAGAAGAGGGAGGAAGACGGUCGUUUUCGACCGCAGGACUCCAAUCUCAACUCCUCCCUGCGCCUCAAGAAGUUGUCACAAAACCCCAAAGUGGGUUUUGAUAACCCCACUUUUGAAGUGUCUGAAGCGGCCAAAGAAAAAAUGCAGAACCAAGGAGAGAAGGCGGAUGUGAAGAACGAGCUGGAGGACCUACUGCUCUCGCUGCAGUGGGUACAGCCCAGCCUCAGCGACCCGCAGAGCCUGGAGGAUGUGCAGGUCAUCAUGCAGCUGCUACAGCACAGAGACUUCCAACAGGCCUUUAGCAUGCACUGCAGCGUAGCUCUGGGCAUGAGUCACAUUUGCCCCCCUUUCCCGGUCAGCGCCCAUGCCCGGGAGCUCUGCUCAGAGGUCCAGAACAUUCUGCAGUCUAGUCAGGAGAGAGACGGCCUGGAGCUCAAAGCCCUGCUGACCUCUCCUCACCUCCAGGCUCUGAUGGAGGCUCACGACUGUGUAGCGGAGCAGAGGUUGGACCCGGAGCCCAGAGAGGCUCAGUAUGGGGAGACAGUCAAACUGGUUUGUUUGGAGAAGGCCCGUGACAUGCCACUGGGUGCGACAGUGCGGAAUGAGAUGGACUGCGUGAUCGUGAGCCGCGUGGUAAAGGGCGGAGCAGCCGAGCGCAGUGGACUCUUGACCGAAGGCGAUGAAAUUCUGGAGAUCAACGGACUCCCAGUCCGUGGGAAAAACAUCAACGAGGUCCACGACAUUCUGUCAAGGAUGCACGGAUCUCUGAGCAUUCUCAUCAUCCCCAGCUGUAAGAAUAAAGCUCCGGCACACCGACACACCGUGAUGCAUGUGAAGGCAUACUUUAACUAUAACCCUUCAGAGGACCCUUACCUACCAUGCAGAGAGCUUGGUCUCUCCUUCCAGAAGGGUGACAUACUCCACGUCAUCAGUCAAAACGACCCUAACUGGUGGCAGGCUUACAGGGACGGCGAAGAGGACAACCAGCCCCUGGCAGGUCUUAUACCUGGGAAGAGCUUCCAGCAGCAAAGGGAGGCUAUGCAGAAAAGCCUAGUGGACCGUAAUCCAGGAAACACAGGAAAGCUUUGGUGUGCAAAGAAGACCAAGAAGCAGAGGAAAAGGACCCUUUAUAACCCAAGCAAGAAUGUUGAAUAUUACACUGAAGAUGUCCUGACCUAUGAGGAGAUGGCUCUUUACCAUCAACCAACCAAUCGCAAGCGUCCCAUCGCCCUGGUUGGGCCUGUGAACAGUGGGCAGGAUGACUUGAAACAGAGACUACUCUCUGUUGAGCCAGAGCGAUUUGCAGGCGCUGUUCCACACACAACCCGAAACCCACGCUUCCAUGAGGUCGACGGGCGGGAGUAUCACUUCGUCUCUCGGCAGAUCUUUGAGGCAGACGUAGCUGCAGGGAAGUUCGUUGAGUCGGGCGAGUUUGAGAAGAAUUUGUACGGCACGAGCACAGAUUCAGUUCGGCAAGUCAUUAACUCCGGCAAAAUCUGCCUGCUGUGUCUACACCCUCGGUCCCUGCAAGUGUUGCGCUCCCCUGACCUUAAGCCAUACGUCAUUUUCAUUGCUCCCCCUUCCCAAGAGCGGCUGCGCACCCUGCUGGUCAAAGACGGAAAAACCCCAAAGCCGGAGGACCUGAAGGAGAUCAUAGAGAAGGCCCGUGAAAUGGAACAGUUCUACGGCCACCUGUUUGACAAAGUUAUCAUCAACAGUGAGCAAGACAAAGCCUUUUUGGAGCUACUAAGACUCAUUGAUAAAUUGGACACUGAGCCCCAAUGGGUCCCUGCCUCUUGGCUCUCCUGA